ACCAAUGAGGAUGCGUUCAGGAGGUGUUCCGUUUUCCCUGAAAUUCUUUACUGAUCCGACUUGUUAGAAUUCAAGAUGGCUGCCUCAGGUUCUAGGUGAGGGCUCUCUCCUCCUGCGCCCCAGUGGAUGAAGUUUUCUUGCAGCUGAAGUCUCUCACUGCUGCCCCCCCCCCCCCCCCCCCCCACCGUCUGCGUCUGUCGUUUCAACAUGUCGUCUUCAUCCUCCUGCUCUUCAUCGGGGGAGACCAGCCCUGAGGAUGUGCCUCGUGGCGGGGGCACCAUCCGUGUCUACCUCCCCAACAAGCAGCGGACAGUGGUGAACGUCCGGGCGGGGCAGACCGUUCAUGAUAGCUUAGACAAGGCCCUGAAAGUGCGCGGCCUGAGCCAGGACUGCUGUGCUGUGUUUCGGCUCUUGGAAGGUCGCAAGAGGCUGACUGACUGGAGCACAGACAUCACCCCACUGGUAGGGGAAGAACUGCUGGUGGAAGUGCUUGACGAUGUCCCUCUCACCAUGCACAACUAUGUCCGGAAGACAUUCUUCAAGUUAGCGUAUUGUGACUUUUGUCACAAGUUUCUGUUUAACGGAUUCAGAUGUCAGACGUGCGGCUACAAGUUUCACCAACACUGCAGCAGUAAAGUUCCAACAGUGUGUGUGGAUAUGGACACGAUGACAAAACGGUUAAUUCGCCCCAAUUACACGGACAGCAAUUACACAGACGACUGCCCCCGGAUAUCAAUACUGUUGCCAGACAACUCCAUAUCACAGAGUGAUAUAGCCUUAACACCAGAGCCCACGGGGCUGAGCCUCCUGUCCCCCACCUCGGCCUUCCGCUUCCCUGUACCUGGGGCCGAUGGCCAGUCCCUGCAGCGGCAUCGCUCCACCUCCACGCCCAACGUCCACAUGGUCAGCACGGUGGGGCCCAAUGGCACCAGCAUCAUAGAGGAUGCAAUAAAAAACAGCACAAUGGGACCAGAGCCUUCCCCUAAGCCUUCCACCAGCCCCCCUUCUCUGGGCUCUCCCGGCCGACGACCCCCUAAAUCCCCCUCAGAGCACAAGGAGCGCAAACCGUCCUCAUCCGACGACAAAAAGAAAGUGCACCGCGGAGGUUACAGAGACUCCAGUUACUACUGGGAGGUGCAGUCCCGGGAGGUGAACAUCCAGAAGAGGAUCGGAGCCGGCUCCUUCGGGACGGUCUUCAAAGGCAAGUGGCACGGCGACGUGGCCAUCAAGAUCCUCAAGGUGACGGAACCCACCCCCGAGCAGCUGCAGGCUUUCAAGAACGAGAUGCAGGUCCUACGAAAGACGCGUCAUGUCAACAUUCUGCUGUUCAUGGGUUUCAUGACUAAGCCCCACUUCGCCAUCAUCACGCAGUGGUGCGAGGGCAGCAGCCUCUACCGCCACCUGCACGUCAUCGAGACCAAGUUCGACACCAUGCGACGCAUCGACGUGGCGCGCCAGACAGCUCAGGGCAUGGAUUAUCUACAUGCCAAGAAUAUAAUUCAUCGGGACCUGAAAUCAAACAACAUCUUCCUGCACGAGGGCUGGACGGUGAAGAUCGGCGACUUCGGCCUGGCCACAGUGAAGUCCCGCUGGAGCGGAUCACAGCAGGUGGAGCAGCCCAGUGGCUCUAUUCUGUGGAUGGCUCCUGAGGUGAUCAGGAUGCAGGACACCAACCCCUACACCUUCCAGUCAGACGUGUACGGAUACGGGGUGGUUCUUUAUGAGCUGAUGUCCAGCACGCUGCCUUACUCCAACAUCAACAACCGGGAUCAGAUCAUCUUCAUGGUGGGCAGAGGAUACCUAUCCCCAGACCUCAGUAAACUGUCAAGUAGCUGCCCCAAGUCCAUGAAGAGGCUCAUCAUCGACUGUCUCAAAUUCAAGCGAGACGAGCGGCCCCUGUUCCCACAGAUCCUGGUGGCUAUUGAGCAGGUCCAGGACCUGUUGCCAAAGAUCGAGAGGAGUGCCUCGGAGCCCUCCCUGCACCGCGCCGUGCACACCGAGGACCUGAACCCGCUGCUGUUCCACACCUACAGGCAUAUGCCCUUGUGAAGGGCACCAUGCCACGUUAUGCCCAGAGGAUGCCAGAGAGAGAGAGACGGAGAGAGAGAGAGAGAGAGAGAGAGAGCAAAGCAGGAAGAAAGAGAACAAGCAACUUUCCAACCCCUCACGUUCCUUCUGGAGCCUUACUGCUGCUGCAGAUACCCCCUUUGAGCUGCCACAGAUCAUUGGCCUCAAGAAACAAACGUGCACACACACACACACACGCACGCACACGCACACGUAGACACACGCCUGCAUUUGGGUAUACACAUACAAAUGUACACACAACAAUUGUGGUUCUCAAAGGCACAUCUGGCUAAACUGUUUGUUUAAGCGGGGGGGGGGGGGUCCUAGAUGCUGCAGUAGUGCAACAGGCUUUUAUUGGCUUAACGCUGCAGAUGAAAGUUGGCUUGGGUUGGCUAGAGGCAAGCGAUGUUGUGGCGCUCCCUGGUAUUUCAUGGUGUUGUGCUGGCGUCAUGCUGGCCGAGUCUCCCCAUUCCCCCGACCCCUCAUUCCCCCUUUUAUCUUUUAUUUUGGAAAAUUCUUCUUGAGAGAAGACGCAAACGUUUGUCCAGAAACCCCACUAAAAACUUCAGGGACAACUUGAGUGUUUUCGUAUGUGGUCAUCAGUGAUUUCUUUUCAGUUUCUGGCUGGCUUGCUGAAUUGAGUGUUUGUUUUUGUCCUUUUUUUUGUUACUUUUAUACAGCAGAAUGUAAAUAUAUCAGUCAACUGUUUUAAGUAGUUCUUUAACAUCAGCUAGCUUUUUAACAUCAAUCAGUUUUUACAUAAUCAUGUAAUUCUGAGCUGCCGAGUUCUCUUCUUUGCUCAAGUGCACAUGUGUACGAAUCCCUCCCCAUUUCUUUGUGAGAGAAUGUCCAUUCCGAGACCAAUUUUAUCCCCGUUACCAUGCGCUGCUAACUUUCGAAGAACAGUCUGGCUACAUUUCGUGAUUUAUGUGAGGGGGAACUAGUCUGGUUAGAGGCUUCGUAAAUGGCAGCCCUGGGCCUUAGCAUGUGUUAGCAACCAAGCUAAUGGCCAUGGCUAACACGCUUGGUCAGUGCAGAACCAGAAACACAGAUUGUGGGCUUCAGGGCCAGUGGAGAUUAAAUGACCCCUAUGGUGUAGACAUGUCUUGAUUUUGGAAAUUUAACUGAUGAACAAUUCAACAUCAUGCGUUUGUGCCUCCUUGAAGUGAAGUGCCCAGUGCACAGCAUACGUUGGAGGUGGCCAGAGUCAAGGUAGCGUCGUGGCAUAUCUCUAUGGGUUAACUAGAUUUGGUCUGUGGAAUAUCUUGUUUUGUGUUCUCUCACUUCUCCAGCAUUUGCUAUUUCAAACUUUUGUCCUUCCUCUGACUUUGUGCAAUAGAAGUAUUGCUUUUGGUCAGAUAAAAUAAGGAUAAUCCAUCCUUUGUUCUCUUUGUCGUAAAGGCAAAAAAGAAAUUAUUGUAUUUAUUUUAUUUGUUUUAAUCUUCCUGAAAGCCAGCCUGAGUGGAGUACUGGAUCAUUUCAGAUCUUCGUCUCACUGUUUUGUGAGGUUGCUUGUUGGAGUUGUCGUGGGUUUUCUGUUUUAGUUUCAUAUGUCGUAACAUUAACUUUUUAGGAUUGCAUGUCAUGCAGACAAGAUAAGAACUCCCUUUCUUGGGAACAUUAAGAAUAGCGUUUUUGAACAUCGGUGCAGGGAAACAACAGUGCGGGAACAAAAACACAACUGUUUGCAAGUUGGGCCCCACACAUGGUGAGCAAGCCAUCUCUUGAAACAGGCAUUCCAUAAACCACACUAACAUCCGUUUGUGUCUCUCUCUUUCUUUUUUGCUCGCUUCUUGUGAAAGCUCAGUGCUGGGGUCCUUGCAGAGCUGUGGAGAUGAGGUCGGGAAGGUGCGAAGAGACACUGGGGGCAUACGUGAGCACAGCAGCACGCCCACCGUGGCUCCGACGCCACCCUCCUCACCCUUCUCCAGCAACAGCGGCUGCGAGGGCCGCACACAGGCGCUGCUAGCGUGGUAGACUGCUUGGCAGAUGUUGCAGCUGCAUCUUGCGGUGCUUACAGCUGACUUAAGUUGUGCAUGUUGCAAUAUCUGGCUGCGUGGUUUUUUUUUCCGGUUUGGCUUUAGCUUGUCUUUUUUAGUUUAGUUACACAGUGUACUGGCACUUUGCACCACACGCACGGAGAAAGACCACUUAUUCAAGCACACCUUCGCCAUCAAGAAUGCACAGACACAUACAAAUAGACAUUUUGGCAAAGUUCUGUCUCAAGUGGCACUGUGUCUCUAAUUGUGUUGAAUGAUGAAUCUUUGAGUGCUACUGUAAAAUGGAAGUGUGGUUUUCCUUUUGAUUUGAGUCUGUGGAGUUAUUUGUUUAAAGUGCUUUGAAUGAUUCCUUGUUUGGCUCAUUGGUUACGAGGUUGCGUCUGUCGGCUCUUUAGUGUGAGAUUGAGCAGUUUCUAUUUUCUUCAAUGUUCUCAGUGCUUCUGCGCCUUUCUCAACCACCUUUUAUCAAGAUGGCCAACAGCACAUCAACAAAACCUGUUGUUUAGGGAGCUGCGAUUAAACUAUGAAAGAAGUUUUGUCUUUCUUGUUGUUGAAGACGGAAUAAAAACAGAAAAUAUGAUAGGAUUGUGGUCGCAGACAAAGUGCAAUGUUGGUGUGUUACUUGUCCUAAUGUAGGACCAGGGGCACCAGCAAGCCACAAGGGAGUGCUGUUGGGAGCAUGGCAUCGCAUAAUAAAACGUUGACAUUGCGGAUGUUGGUCUGCGUGUGAGGGGUACAUAUCCAAAGCCUGUGUGGGUUUAACCACACGCUUUAUGCAGACACAGACGUCAGCAUCAGAGCUGAGGCUGUGUUUCUUGUGGCCGAGUGCUUCAACAAGGAGCAAGGGGCUAGUUAACUAAAAUAGGUUUUUUCUGGGCAUAAUUUAUUGGUCCAAAUAAUACAAAACAAACAACUGACGUUAGUUUCAUUGUAGAAAUAUAGGUUGUAAUCUAUAUAGUUGUAUUUGAAAUGGGGCUGGGUACCCCUCUAUAAAAUGCUUAAUUUGAGGAAGAUGGCUACGGUCAACUUUGAAUAGCACACACUUUUCUCUGGGCAUCAGAGCAUGUCCACAGAAAAUGGACUUAAGAGUGAAUCCCUUUCUAUUUAUUACCUGAAGUCCAAAAGCAGGCGAUUAUAUGACCUGUUGGCUGGGGACAUAUAGGCACAGAGUGAACCUGAACAGGCAGGACAGAGCUUUACUGACAUGAUGGGGUCUGGGGACUAGUGAUGUGUUGUUGCAGUCUGCUUGUGUCUCUCUCAAACAUUAAUGGAUAUUCCUCCUCACCCCGCCCCAAUUUCCUCCUCAUGCUAGGUCAUGCUAAGUUAGUGUCCUAGUGUCAACCUCCAAAGAAUCCAAGCUGGUAUUUAUUGGUGGUCUUGUGAACGGGGAAGAGGGAAGCAUUUAGCAUGAUGGCGCUAACCCCAGGAAUCAAUAUGCACAAGGUUGAACUCCCACUAUCAUGAUCAUUCUUGCACAUUUCACUGUAGUGUACUUGUAUAGUGUGUUUAUAUUUAAUCAAUCCAUUAUGGGGAAAUAGUUCACUGGCUUACAGACCAGAUGCAAAUGUGAGGCCCAGUUAGAUGUUGGUGGAUGAAAAAUGAUGCGUCGAUGGUGUUGACUCAAGAGAAAGCCAUACAUCAUGUUGUUUCCGAUUUGUGAUGAAGUGCUAGAUCAGUUUGGUUCUACCACAUUCAGACCUUAACACCAACUAAAGAAAUUGAAGAGCUUCCAAUUUGAAAUAUUACUCCACCAGGCAUGUACAUCCAAGGGUUUGGAGGGAAACCCCUAACCCUGAAUACAAUUUUCUUUCUUUCUUUUAUUUUGAGCAGAGAAGAGAAUGGUUGGUUAAUUAAUGUGUUGACAUAGUUCUGUGUACUUUUAGGCAAUUUGCAGUCAUUUUGUGUGUAUAGUUUCUGGGGUGUUCUGUGUGGAAUAAAAGUUGUACUCUGCUGUGUACAGUUACAUUUUUUUUAAAUUACGAAAUUGUACUUGUUUCUAUUUUUUGUGUGAUGGUUUAAAAAAAGAACAAAAUUAUUUAAAAAAUGUAAAGGAAAUCUUAGUAUUUUUUUAGUUUUUUUGGGGGGGUCUUAAAAUAUGGAGGAGACAGGAUUUUAUUCUUGAAAUAAAACUGGACUGCUAAUAUA